AUGGCUGCGCCCUGGCUACGGCUUGGAAUGGAGCAGCUCUKUAAGAUGCCGGCGGCAAUGGGCCGCCAAGGCCGAGCUUACAGCACGUCCCAGACUUUUGCUGAGGUACUACGGCUGCCGAAGAAGCAGCUGACCAAGCUAGUGUACCCGCUGCAGGAACUCGAGCAGCACCUUGUUCCGGACUCAAGGCCCGACCUUCACCUCAGGGUCUUCGACCCUAGCCUGGAGGAUAUCUCCAGAGCGGAGAGUGUUUUCGCUUCCUCCGCCCGGAACCGUAUUGAGUACAUCAGUUCCGCAGUGCGGCUAGAUCACGCCCCGGACCUCUCCCGACCUGAGGUAUGUUUUAUAGGCAGAAGCAAUGUUGGAAAAUCGUCCCUAAUAAAGGCUUUAUUUUCAUUGGCCCCGGAGGUUGAAGUUAGAGUCUCCAAAAAACCGGGUCAUACAAAGAAAAUGAAUUUUUUCAAAGUUGGAAAGUAUUUUACAGUUGUGGACAUGCCAGGUUAUGGCUAUAGAGCACCAGAAGACUUUGUUGACAUGGUAGAGGCCUAUCUAAAAGAACGAAGGAAUUUGAAGAGGACAUUUUUAUUAGUGGAUAGUGCUGUUGGAAUUACAAAAACAGACAAUAUUGCCAUAGAAAUGUGUGAAGAAUUUGCAUUACCUUAUGUGAUGGUAUUAACAAAAAUUGACAAAUCUUCCAAAGGACAUCUUUUAAAACAAGUACUUCAGAUCCAGAAAUUUGUCAACACUCAAACACAAGGAUGUUUUCCUCAACUGUUUCCUGUAAGUGCUGUGACCUAUUCUGGAAUCCAUCUGCUGAAAUGUUUUAUAGCUAAUAUAACAGGAAAUCUUAACUAAUGGUAUCCAUUAGUUUCAAAGAUGAAGUUUCAAAA